AAGGCACACCACGAUAUACACUGUAUUUAAAGUAUUGGGACAACCCUCCAAAUCAUUGGAUUCAGGUGUUCCAAUGACCUCCAUGGCCACAGGUGUAUAAAAUAAAGCACCUAGGCAUGCAGAUGGCUUCUACAAACAUUUGUGAAAUAAUGGGUCACUCUCAGGAGCUCAGUGAAUUCAAGCGUGGUACCGUGAUAGGUUGCCACCUGUGCAAUAAAUCCAUCUGUGAAAUUUCCUUGCUACUAAAUAUUCCAUGAUCAACUGGGCAUUACAAAGUGGAAGCAACUGGGAACAACAGCUACUCAGCCAUGAAGUGGUAGGCCAUGUAAAAUGACAGAGCGGGGUCAGCGCAUGCUGAAGCGCACAGUGAGCAGAAGAUGCCAACUGUCUGCAGAGUCAAUAGCUAAAGACCUCCAAACUUCAUGCGGCCUUCAGAUUAGCACAACAACAGUGCAUAGGGAGCUUCAUGGAAUGGGCCUUACAUCACCAAGUUGGAUGCAGUGGUGUAAAGCACGCCACAACUGGACUCUAGAGCAGUGGAGACGUGUUCUCUGGAGUGACGAAUCACACUUCUCUAGAACAGUACUUGCCUGACUGCAUUGUACCAACUGUAUAGUUU